AUGUCGCCCCCAUCCAUUCAAUCUCGGUGGAAGAUUGAUGAGACCAGAUGGAAAUCAAUGUGGGAUGAGAUUAGGAAAGAGAAAGUACAGCCUGAUAAUGUUCAUGCUGUGGCAAGAGUGGCGUGUGAACAAUUUGGAAGCACCCUCGCCAUAUGCGAUGAUACACUGAACAAGGUUAAAACUGCAGUUUCCGAGACGCCACAGCCAGUUACCGUACGAUUCUUGGGAGUAACCGUGGUCCGUCAGCUCAAUGACUCCGCGGCUAAGCUUGUCGAGAGCAUAGAAGGACAGCGUUUCCUCGGACUAGCCGCAGCGGCCACCACUUUGUUCAGCUUAUACGAUGGCGCCAAGGCCUUACAGGCCAUGUUAGAAAGCACAACAUCUGAUACGACAACAUGUCCCCUGGCGCCAGAACUGAAAACUUUGCUAGGCAGCCUCCAGGGAAGGCUCUAUCACGCCGGGUUCUCUGAAUCUGUCAUGAAAUGGCAGAUCAAGCUACAAAGAGACAUUAUUGCAGCUGAGGGUCACCCCGAUGGCUCUAUGAGUCUCUUCUCCCAAUCGGCUCCCUCCCCAGAAAUGGUGACCAAACUUGUCAACGUCUUCCGUCAAUUAAGUGAGGAUGACUCCGUUAUCACGGGAGUAACAAUCAAAGCCAGUGAGGCUGCUGCUUGGGUGGUUGCUUUCAUAGAGUGGUGCCUGGGAUCGCCACCAUCAAUAUACAUAGGGGGCUCUCAACAACCUCUUAGUCAGCUCGGUUCCGUGAUUACACUUAUCAUUGCAAAGACCCCUCAUGAUCAACGGAAAGGGCUUGAAAUUACCAUUUACGAAACCCUGAACCAUUAUUAUCAGCUUACCGCACCACCUUCUACCAAACCAUUCUCUGGAAUGGCCACAAUCGGGAAUUACGGCAAGUGGCUCUUGGAACGAUUCGGGUUUAGAAGCGCAUCGCUUGAUUUCCUACAUGAAGCUUUGAAUCAUGCCAUUCCCCAAACUUUGGAAACUUUUCAAUGGGCUGAGUUCGACUUCUCUGAGCAAGAAGAGCAUCGUGCCAUCUUGACCCUCACAUCGACGCAUGAUUCUUACGCUCUCUACCCAUUGCCAGACAUACACAAGAUAGCAGAUGUGUACUUCAAGCUAUUCGGCCUGGCUAAAACGCCAAAGUGGGCGAAAACUUGUGACGGCAUACUCAUUGCCGAUCUUCCUUUAGUUUCUCAACACCUGAAUUCCUUACGCAAGAACUGCCUUUGUUCUCGAUGUGGUAGAGCUAAAGGGAGAAAGACUAUCUGCAAGGAGGCUGAGUUUUACGAGCUUGUAUCGUUUAUCACUGUCGAAAUUACUGUUUUGUCUUUGUUCCGCUCCCCAGACCUUUUACGUAUAAAAUUAUCACGGGAGCAUGAAUCAGGUGGUUCACUGCAACAAGCCGUCUCCCGGCUGAUCAAAACAGGAGAUAUAACCUUGGAGUCUACUGAAACUAUGGACCUCCUGCAGUGGGCGAGGUCCAUGGUAGGCCAUAAAGUCGCUACGGGAGACAAGGGCCGCAGCACUAUCGUAUCAUCUGGUCAUGGCCAGGUUAUUUACCCUAGCCUGUUCGAAGCAUUGAACAUCGAAAAGCAUGGCUACUUGGGACUUACAUCUCACCAAGGCAUCCUUAUUUAUGAAGGAGCUUCUUACGAGACAGUCACUGCAGAUAACGGGGAUUCUACACAAGAUGCGAGAUGCGAGCUCCUUCAACUCAGCUCUUCCUGCCCUUCACAAGUCUCACCAGUCCCUUUGAAUGCUUUUAAUGACUUGAAAGUUUUCUGGAAAGUGGAAACACAGGAUAACCGCAAACUUUCCAUCGCGCUCUCCGUGCAAUCUAGGGCUGGCCAUCAAUCGUUUGUCAGAAUGAACCCUAUGCUUUCUUUUUCCACAUUGCAGAAAAGUCUUUUGAUUGAGGGAUGCCGAGGUCACGGUCAAUGCAAUACCCAACCAAGCUCUCUGUUUUGCUCGUAUAGUAGCCCUAUGGACAACCACAAGAAGGCUUGUGAUUCAACUUCUGCCAUAGAUUUCGUUCCAGUAAGCGAUUCAAAUGAUCUUCGUUUCGUCUCUCUUGUUUGUACAAGAGAGUCUGUCAUCUUGAGAAAGGAUGCGUGCUUGGCUUGCUGCCUGAACCUUUGUUAUGAGGUUGGAUAUCAUGUUCUUAUUUUAUAG